AUGGUUGCUUUCAAACACGUUCUCCUGGCUUCAUUAGCCGCCCUGGCUGUCGCGUCUCCUGCCUCGACUCAACAGGAGAAGCCCCGCAGCUCUUCAGCUAGUGUCGCCCACCAAGGCGGACCCGGAUGGCCUGCGGCAGGUGAUGGCACUGGACCUCAGGAACAUGGCAGCUGGCAACAAGCUGGCAAAGGAGAGGCCGGGGAAUAUGCACAUAAAGUUCCUGCAGGCAUGGGCAAUGACAAGAACAAGUACAGCCAGCACCAGCCCCGAAACGAGGGUGCCAUGCCAAACCAUCAGGGUCACAGCAAUAGCAAAUGGGAGCAUGCGGAAUCUCCAGACAAGAACGGCGACGACGAUCGCCACAAUCGCCAUCACACUCGGAACGCAAACCCCUCCAUCGACCUAGACCACGACGAUCCGAUGCUUUCUCAGAUGCGCGAGAUGCUUGGUGCGCAUAACGAGACCGAGAGCCACGAGCAUGAGGGCAGGCACCACCUCGGUCGUCGAGGUCUCAAAGGCAUUUACGAAUGCAUGAAUCAUAAUUUUGUUGCCCCAUGCAAGUGGACUGAGAUCAAAUCAGAGAGCCAGUGUUACAACGCAUUUUACAAUUGGAAGGGAUCGAUGGGUCCCGACAAAGGCCUAUGCUGCACCAUCUAUGAGAAGAAAAACUGCAACAAGGACGGCUGGCAGACAAUCGACAACGUAUUCCACUAUCCCGGUAUUCCGGAUUACGGGAAGAGCCCGGUGCUGAUCGAUAAUGGUAUGAACGAUGAAGGCAUAGUCAGUCUCAAGUGCAAGUUCAAAGACUGCUAA